GCCAGGGGGUUUGAUCUUCAUCUCAGAGCACCAUGACUUUACUAAAGAAAACAAUGCUGCUGCUGCUUGUGGCAGCUGUCGGCACCUACGCAGCGCUGGAAGACUGUGAUGGUCUCAACAAAACCGUGCCAGCUAAAGACCUGCACAAGAUUUAUGGGGACUGGGUUCUGGUCUGGUCGGUUGCUAACCAUCAGGAAGGCUGGGACCUGCUGCCAAACGUAUCCAGCUCCCACGUCGAGCUCAAACUCCUCCCGGACAACAAUACCAUCUCGUUCUUGGAACGGAACAUGUUCCUUAACAACUCAUGCAUUAAGUUUGACAUCAACAUGUCAAUGCCGACGGACCCUGAAGAGCGCACACUACACGCCUCCUCUGCCACGGUGGAAACAGACGGAGUUCCUACCGUGUACAACGAAAAUGGACAAGCACAAUUCUUUGAGACCUGCGAGGACUGUUUGACAAUGAUGUACACGGGCAAAGCAGAGGGAUUCCUGCUUUUCUACAAGAGGGAGGGAAAUCAUCAGGACGUCGAGAAGAUGAAAGAGGACCACAACAAUCAUAAGAAAUUGGCUGAGUGUCUGGAAUUCCCUCAAGAGAUAAUUUUCACCUACGAUGGAGCUGCAGAUUUUUGUCAGAAGAAAUCUUCUCCUGAGUCAUCUCAGAGCACCAUGACUUUACUAAAGAAAACAAUGCUGCUGCUGCUUGUGGCAGCUGUCGGCACCUACGCAGCGCUGGAAGACUGUGAUGGUCUCAACAAAACCGUGCCAGCUAAAGACCUGCACAAGAUUAUGGGGGACUGGAUUCUGGUUUGGUCUGUCUCAGACAGUAAGACCAUCAAUAUGGAGAACAUCUCCAGCUCUCAUGUGGAGCUCCGUCUUCACCCUGACAAUACCACCAUCUCUUACAUCGAGAGGAACAUGUUCCUUGACAGUUCAUGUACCACAUACAACUCGACCGUGUUGAUUCCCUCUGAACAGUCUGUGAUGGACAUUGUUGCUGCCACGAUGGACAUUAAUGGGGUUGUCAGUCUAUUUAACGAUUCGGCCAAAGUGGAGUUCUUUGAGAGCUGCCCAGAGUGUUUGGUGAUGGUCUAUAGAGGCAACGUGGGACAGUAUCUGCUCAUUUACAGGAAAGAAGGUCAUCAUCAGGAUAUUGAGAAGACUAAGGAGGCCCACAGUGAUUUUAAGAAACUGGCCUCCUGUCUGGGACUUCCUCAAGAUGACACUUUCACCCACUAAGAAGCUCGAGAUUUUUUCCACAAGAAAUUUUCACCUGAACAGGCCUGAGUGAAGAUAAUGGAUAGUCUGAAUAGAUGUGUUGAUCACGAAUCAAUUAAAGGCAAAUACAUAAACC